AUGUUGGCUGCCGUGUGGACACUGGCUGCACCUUCACACUGCUCAUCGCUUUCCAGCUCUGCCUGGCUCUAUCUGUCGAACGUCUUCCACUACCGCUCUUUCGCCAUCUCUCCGCUCUUUCCCGUGUUGCUCGCUUACAUCCUUCGCCCACCCCUACCCCACCUCGCGUGCUCUGCACCGAUGAACACGGAGAUGCCAAUGGCGUCAAACGGGAGAGGCUUGCCGUCUCCGGCGCCACUCAGGCGGCAGUCUGCCAAGAAGCUGGCGUCCAACGUGACCUCGCCGGUGCUGGCAAGUCUCAGCACCUUUGCUGAGUAUGCUGAUCGGCGUCAUGAGCUCUUGGCAGGCAUUCACGACGGACUCGAGGGUCAUGUGCGUGAAAUGGAGGAGCGGGCUAGACAGGCUGUCGCCCACGCAUCGGCAGUGGCUGAAGCCUGCAGGGCUCAGGAGAGAGAGUGCCUAGAGUACAUUGAAAGGCUGGAGGACAAUAUCGGGGACUUGCACCGGGCCAAGCGGGAAUGUGCGGCAGAGCUGAAAGCCCUUCAGACAUCGACGGAAAGGGGGCGUCAGGAGCUGGAGAAGGAACUUCACGAUCUGCGCCAGGCCGUCGAGGAGGCGCGGCGACAGAAGCUGCUCGCCCAAGAAGAGCAGCAGCACUACGAAAUGCUGCGCGACGCCGCGAAACGCCGCUACGAGCUGAUCGAGGCGUACCUGAAGGACUUCACAGCGAAGGUCGAGUUCCGCUUCCAUGGGGCUGUCGCAUCUCUCCAGGCAACGGCGCAAGAGCGGAAGCGGUGGGCAGAUGAACAGUGCGCACUCGAUGAGAAGCGCGUUCGCGAGGCCGCCCUGGAAGCAGAGCAGAGCGACUUCAGCGCCUUGCUUUGCCGUGCCACCAAGGAUGCCGAGCGGACGGGCGCAGCGAAGCCUGCAGAGCAAUGCGCAGCGGCAGUGGAGCCGCAGCUCAUGCGCGACGUGGAGCGUGAUGCCGCGGCGCUCGCGGCAUCUGUGGCCGCUCGAUUACAACUCAUCGUGGAACAGCAGAGCGCAGCCGAAGCCGGACUUGAUAGACUGCCACCGCGCAUCACUGGGGAAGGCUGCGACUCGAUUCACGCGUUUUGUCGAACUGCUGCUGAGUCGACUUUGGCGAGAGACCAGGAGAACUGGAAGAGAGAUCAACGGAAGAGCUGCGGUGCUGCAUCUGUUUCCCGUGCAACACGGGCGCUCGGUACUUUGGAAGUAACGGUGAAGCAAGCGCUGCUUGACCUGUGUGCAGCGGCCGCUUCGGCCUCGUCAACCCCAAGCACAAAAGGUCCUGCGUGCCCUCACGAAUCCUCGACAGGAGCAGCGGCGCCUCUCCACAUCCGUGCCGCCAAUGCAUCUGUCAGCUCGAGUGCACCACCGUCAAGCCGCGGCAAGGCACUGUCCCCCACUCCGGUGAAGACGUCAUCGUCGCCGGGGUCGUCUCAUCGGCAGAGCGAAAGCGUGGCAUUCCCGGAGCGCAGGCUCAUCGACGAUUUCUCGUGCAGCACAGACGCGUUUGCGACCAUCUUUACUCCUCGCAAGUGA